GGAAAGGAAAUCGCGUGUAAAGGUCCAAUCAUAUUCGACGUCAUUUGAUCACAUGACAAAAUAUGGCAGCCUCCAUGAAGCUCUUCCGUGAAAAUCAGAAAUAGCAUUCUGAAAGCAGUGUUUUCUACAAUGUCCCUUGCACAAUGGAAGAGAGACCCAGGCCCUCCACAGGAGUGGCACGACUGGGUAGAGGAGUUGUUUUCCCCUUCACUGAACCUAGAGAAAGAGGCCAUCAUGGAGGGAGUUAAUAAAGAGACUGCAGUGAAAUCAAAGAUAAAGAGAAUCUCAAUGCUAGACCCAGAGACUGUUCGGGAAGUAUAUGAAAGAGUUCAUAUGAUGUCUAUGAUGAACGAUGAAAUGAAAACAACAGGACUGAAAAAAUCUUUACCCUUAGAACAGAAAAGUACUAAUACAGCAAGCUCACCACCAAAUGAUGUACCAAAGAAAACUGUGGAAGUAAAUUUAGAGGAAUCCUGUGUCUGGGACUCUGAAGAAAUCUCCGUGUUGCGCAAAGUUUUUAAACAAGUAAAAGAAGAAAAUAGAAAGUAUCGUGUGAAAAACAAAGAAAUUGAAAAAAGAAAUAUGGAACUAGAAAUGAAAUACAACUCCUUCUUGAAAGAUUUGGAUGACAAAAACUUUAAAUUGACAGAGGUCAUAAAAGCCAACUCAAGACUGAAAAUACACUGUGAGCAUUUACAAAAUGAACUUGACGAAACUAAUGUCAGAAUGACAGCUAUGGAACAGAUUUUCAAAGAAAUCAAUGAAGAGAAAGGAAAAAUGGUGAAAGAUGUUCAUGAAUUAAGACUUGCUGCAGACAAGGAGCGAAUGGAGAAAAAUUCACUUCAGCUGAAGCUGCAGGCCAUUCAGCAUCAGACCGCCAGUGAAAAGAUAGCUUUGGAGGAGUCAAUCAGAAUACAGUGUCGUGAUCAGAUUGCAAACUUGGAGAAAAAUGUGAUGGAUUUAACAAAGGAGCUGAACAAGGAAAUAAAAGCCCACAAAACUACAAAGAGGGGACUGGACCAUCUUAGAAACCAUUUUGCUAGUCUACCAUUAUCACACAUUGUGCCCCCAAAUUCAGUUAACAGUGACCAAAUUAGCCAGUUUCAGUACUAGUUGUCUCUAUCAUGUAAAACUGAUGUACAAGGUACAUGUAUUUGUAAAAUUAUUUAUUGGUUACAUUUUGUGACUUUAAGUGGAGUUUUGGUAAUUCAAGGUGACCGAGGAUGUAAUGUAUCAUUGAAUUUUUUUUGGUAUGAUCUUAAAAAGUACUGAAUAAUGUUUCAUGUUUACAUAUUUAAAAGAAUCACACUACAUUAGAAUUACAUUCUGUAGCAAUGAGGCAAAUAAUUGUAAAAGUGAAUACUUAUCUAAAAAUUUUGAUUCUGCAAACUGAAGAUGUUAAUUGUGGUCAGUAUAACAAGAGUUGCUGUAAAAAUUGAUCAAUGAUGGAUAAAAGAGGAAACCAUA